UCCUUCGACUCUGACUGUCCGAAAGUCGACUGUCCGAAAGAACGAUCCUUGAUGUGAUUUCACAAAAUUAAAAAAACUAAAUUAUAUUUAUAUAUAAUAUGCUUAUCGUUAGAAAUUUAUACAGUUUAUAUGAAUUGAUAUUUUUGUAAAAAGUUAGAGGAUGUGAAUAUAUAAAGAUUGAAUCUCAUUUGAAAUUUGUUACAUUAUGCUAAAAUGCCACUGAUAAUAAUAACUGGCAUCCCGUGCAGCGGUAAAACGACGAGAGGUCUUGAAUUGAAGAAAUAUUUUGAAAAUACGCUAAAGAAUAGUGGACAAAAUGUAGAAAUAAUUAACGAAUACGAUGCGAUAAUUAAGGAAGGCUAUGAUAAAAAUAUAUUUUACGCCGAUUCUAAAAAAGAAAAAGCUGUUAGAAGUGCCAUAAAAUCGGAUAUUCAACGUAGGCUAAAUACACGCGAUCUACUGAUAUUUGAUGGUAGCAAUUAUAUCAAAGGAUAUCGGUACGAAAUUUACUGUAUGACUAAAUUGUACAAGACUCCUCAAUGCACGAUACAUUGUGAUAUACCAGUCGAAUGUGCUUGGUUGUGGAACAAUAAACGAGUCGAAUCAGAUCGAUAUAAUAGAGAAAUUUUUGACUCACUUGUAGUAAGGUACGAAACACCAGACAAUAAAAACCGAUGGGAUUAUCCACUUUUCGCAAUUACACCAGAAGAUGAAUUAAUGUUUGAUGAAAUUUAUAAAUCGCUUUACGAAGUCAAGUCACCAAAACCAAAUCAAAGUACCCAAUGUCCACCAUUAGCAUCUACGAAUUAUUUAUAUGAAUUAGAUACAAUAACAAAAGAUGUUAUAAAUGCAAUAUUAUCGGCGCAACAACUGGGAAUAAAUGACAAUAUAAAGAUACCAGGUUCCAAUGUGACUGUACAAAGCACAGCUACACCAGCAAAACUAAUGAGAUUACGAAGACAGUUUUUAACUUAUAGUAAAAUGCAGCAAAGUGGAAUCGAUCAAAUUGCUACAUUAUUUGUACAAUACCUCAAUAAAAACUUAUAAUAAAACAGAGAAAAAUGUACUGGA